GUCACGUACCGCCCAUUUAGUCCCCAAAACCAACUCAUACAAAUGCAAAAGAACUUAUACAAGUAUAGACGUAACUUUUUUUUUCAUGAUGGAAUCCUUCAUUCCUUUACUUAACUUUUCCUUACUCAGCUUUCCACUCAUACACACACACACAAUAAUAAUCACACAGACAACGCGUGUAUACAGCUCUUUGGCUCGUUCGUGAUACUGAUUUCAAAUGCAAGUUACGUUCCCACUUUUUUUUACAAACGGCAAAUGGCUCUAACAAUUGACUAGCCAGUCAGAUUUUUGUUGAGUAUAAAGGUGCACGUACUUCAAAUCAUCGCUCUCGUAUUAUUUUUAUUAUAUUUUUUUAUAUACGUCUAUAUAUAUACAUUCGGUAGUGAAAAGUUUUUCUUCAAUAGACAACAUAUAAAUGUAUAAACAUUAAACAGCUGUUUAGUAUUGAUAACAAUAAACAAAUGCAUAAUAUGAGUGAUUAGUGAAAGUUUCUAUCUAAAAUGAUGAAAAUUUGUUAAGUGAAAAAAUAAGGAUUUUUGGAUUUUGUGAACAAAAAUGUUGCCUUAUUCUGCAAUUGACUAUGCGGCAUAUCAGACCCGCACUUUAAUGCACGCAACGGAUAAUGGAGGAUCAGGUGGUGCAGCAUUCACACAUUCUUGGUUGGUACCAAGUACUCAGGAUUUGUGUGGUACAAAUUUUAAGCCUAAUCAUCCACAAUCACAACAAAUUCUCGAUCCUGGUAUUUUAGAAUUGAGGAAAGAGAAGUCAAGGGAUGCAGCUAGAUCGAGACGAGGAAAAGAAAAUUAUGAAUUUUAUGAAUUGGCAAAGAUGCUUCCACUCCCAGCCGCCAUAACAAGUCAACUCGAUAAGGCAUCAAUAAUUAGACUCACAAUAAGUUAUUUGAAAUUAAGGGACUUCACAGGACAUGGAGAUCCGCCAUGGAACCGAGAAGGGAGCAAUACUAGUAAAAUUUUGAAAAGUUUAUCUGCCAAUUCAGCACGAAGAUCAGCGGCAAGUUUGGCAUUGGAACUUUUCGAGCAACAUCAAGGAACUCACAUUUUACAAUCACUUGAUGGUUUUGCACUGGCGUUGGCUGCUGAUGGAAGAUUUUUGUAUAUAUCUGAAACUGUCUCGAUUUACCUAGGAUUGUCGCAGGUUGAAAUGGCUGGCAGCAGUAUAUUUGAUUAUGUCCAUCAAGGCGAUCAUGCUGAAGUUGCUGAACAGUUGGGGCUUAGUUUAACGGGUCAUUCACAAGGAAUGUCGUCACCAUCAUCAUCUGAUGAGGGAACGCAUGGGACAAUGAAUCCUGAUGUUUCAUCUUCAAUGUCAGUUCAAUCAAAUAAUAAAUACAAAGGAUUUGAACGAUCAUUUUGUAUACGAAUGAAAUCAACCCUCACGAAACGUGGAUGUCAGUUUAAACAGUCGACUGGUUAUAGAGACGUUUCGAAUCCAAAGAACGCAAAUGCCAAACCAAACAAUGGUCAUUACUCGGUUGUAUUGAUACUUUGCAGACUGAGGCCACAAUACUCAUUCAAUCAUAAUAAGAAGUCUCAGCCACAGUUAUUGGGAAUGGUUGCGUUGGCAAUUGCCCUACCACCACCAUCAGUUCAUGAGAUACGACUAGAAUGUGAUAUGUUUGUAACAAGAAUUAACUUUGAUUUCCGAUUAGCUCAUUGUGAGCCAAAAAUCACGGAAGUUCUUGGAUAUUCAACAGACGAACUUGUUGGCGAAAGUCUUUAUAACCUCUGCCAUGGAGAAGAUGCAGUGAAACUCCGAAAAUGUCAUUCAGACUUAAUCGAAAAAGGCCAAGUCCUAACCCAUUACUAUAGAAUCCUCAACAAAAAUGGAGGAUAUACUUGGAUACAAACAUGUGCCACAAUCGUAUGCAAUAUUAAAAAUAAUGAUGAACAGAAUAUAAUUUGUGUAAACUAUGUAAUAAGUGCAAGAGAAAAUGUAAAUGUUGUUAUGGAUCAGUGUCAGCUUGAAAUAAUUAAACGUGAAGUUCACGCGCCAUCACCAAUAGAUAAGGAAGUAAAGCCAUUACAAGAUGUUAAGGAUGAUAUCCCAUCUGUUAAAAUUGAAACGCCAACACCUGAAAUUAAAACUGGAGCUGCUCGAAAAACUACACCUGAAGCGAAAGUUGAGGAACCGCCGACACGUGGAAGGAAAAGGAAACCUAAGCAAGAUAAUCAGGAUACAAAUAAAAAACAGAAUUUACCACCAGCAUCUACAAUUUUAAGUGAUACAUCAUCUUGUAAGGAACAGGAUACGAUAAAAGACCGAGCAGAGCCUUCAGUCAGAGAUCUAGAGAAUGCCAUGUCUAAGCAUCUUCCAUCGCCAUCAUCGAAUCAUGCAACAGAUUUUAGUACGAAUUCCCUGCUUAAAACUCAAGAUAAAGAUACAUCUUGGAAUUCAGCAUCAACAUUUGAGCAACAGCAGCCUCCUGUUAUGCCAGCAAGUUCGCUACUUAAGCAACUGUAUGCAAAUCGAGAAAGUGUAAUUAGAGCUGCAACUCGUCCUAGUUAUGUCUACUCAGAUGGUGCUCUUCCAACUCCACCUGGCAGUGAGUAUCCACCAUCAUCAAAUGAAGGUUACCCAACGAACUAUCCAGCAGUAUCAUAUGCUUCCAAUUCUGUAGAAUAUAAUAACAAUAACAUGACACCGCCAGGUUCUGUAUCACCUAGAGAUCUCAGCAGUUUGGGUGCAAAAGGCGUGCCAAAUUACGAUUAUAAUCAUUAUGUACCAUCGAAUGAAACAACAGUCUUACAGCUUCCAUUAAAACCGCAACCUUAUGCCAUACACAAUUAUCCAGAUGGACAGUAUUUUACUCAUCAUCCUGGAUUUUGGUAUCCUACACCUACUUAAGUUAUUCGUGGCAUAAUUUUCUCUUUUGUAGCUUCAUGUUUAUUUUUGUAUAAUUUAUAUAAUACCAAGGGGAUAACAGCAUGAUGGGGAAAAACAUUUUCAUCAGUUUUCUACUAAUAGAGUAGAAUUUGUGGCCAAAUUUUGGAUGGGAAAUUGAUAAAAAAAAUUCCUCAUCAUGUUGUUACCCCCUUGAAUAAUACUCUUGUAUAAAGGAAAUGCUAUCAGUUAUUUAACGCCAAAGCAAAAAUGAAGAGAAAAAAAAAUCUAAAAAAAAUACUCAAAUGCUCGUACAUGCAACACGAAAUUCUGUUUUUUGAUACAUAUCCUUAUAUAAAAAAAUUAAUUAAUUCCUUAAGAUAUUUAAAAAAAUCAAAAUUAUUGAAAAAAAAAUACUCUCUAAAGUAAUUUCUUGUGCAAAUAUAAAAAUUAGAUAAGAUUCAAUUUAGUAUGAAAAUAUUAAGGAACAAGUAGGUACCGGAAAUCGGAUCUGCUGCUUCCAUUUCUCCUUAAUUUUGUUUUUAGUUUUGUAAAUAGAAUUUUUGUAAAACAAAUUUUUCUUCCAAGCUUAUGAGUUAAUUUUGUAUCGUUAAGGUUAUUUAGACCAAUGUAUUUUUAAAUUAAUUAAUCAUUGAAUGAUCAGCCAUAUUUGAAAGUAAUUGCACUAUAAAUAAAAUUUAAAAAAAAAGUUUUCAGGAAACAAAAACGAAAAGAUUAUUUAAAUAAAUUUCACAAUGGUUGAUGAAUAAACGAUUAACUCAUAACUUUUAAGAAGAAUCGAUAAAUAUGAAUAAAUUUUUAGCUAAUAAAUAAAAAGACAUGCAUAAAUGUUAAGAUAUG